CAGUGCUGUGGUUCUUCAGAGGCUGUGCUCUGAGCUCCUAGCAUCAGGGAACAGAACCAUGUGCAGUGGUGUUAGUUGUGACCCCCUGAGUGUGCAGCUAAUACAGUUCACUGAAGCCAUAUUCUUUCUCUUCUCUCUAGCUGAAAGGAUGACAGUUCCCUCAACAUCUACAAGCACCAGUUCAGUUCCAGCUCCUAUCCCUGGUGUUUUCUCCUUACCUGGGAUCCUCUGCAUCAUCCUGGGAACACUCCUCUUCAUGGUUCUCAUCAUACUGGGGAUGCAGCUACAUAGAGGGAGAGCUCAGCUGAAAGCCUCACCCAAUUUUGAAGAUUCUGUUGAGGAGGCCUUGUACCAGGAGAUAGAUUAUCUCCUAAAUCUGGAGGAGGACCCAGUGGACAGAUCAGAAAACCUGUCUGAUGAUUCUGCCAAUAUGCUACCCUAUUACACAGGGGACAGCGAGGAGAGUGGAGACCCGGAAUCUGCCCCAGGACAACAUAUAGAUGCCACAGGAAAUGGUUACGAUGAUGUUGAAGAGUUACCUGCUCCUGAAAUUCCUUUUACUUCUGGGAUGAGUGACAAGAGUGAUUCUCCACAAGAGGAAAGUGGUGCCAGGUGUCUUCAGGGAGGCAUCUCUCUUGACUCUCCUAGAGAAGCUUCCAACACCAGUAUGGAAGAAAAGGGGUCCCCAUUGGUGUUGGGACAAGAAGAUGCUGGGUACGAUGAUAUUGAACUUAGCCCCAUGGAGUGCCAUUUUUGAAGUAAUCAAGCCUGCAGAGAACUUUUCUA